UAAAAUCAUGGAAAUGAACGUCGCUGCUCCCGCUGCCGCCGUUGCUGGCGCUGCUGCUCCUCAACCAGGCCAAAAUCAGACCGGCUCGUCGUACACCAUGGCUUCGCUCUACGUCGGAGACCUCCACCCGGACGUCAACGAGUCGAUCCUGUUCGAGAAGUUCAGCGCUGCCGGCCCUGUUCUUUCUAUUCGUGUCUGCAGAGACAAUGCCACUCGUCUCUCAUUGGGCUAUGCCUACGUCAACUUCCAACAACCAGCUGAUGCUGAACGUGCCAUGGACACCAUGAACUUCGAGGCUCUUCACGGCAAACCAAUGAGAAUCAUGUGGUCUCAAAGAGAUCCAGCUAUGCGUCGUUCGGGAGCUGGCAAUAUCUUCAUCAAGAACCUCGAUAAGGUCAUCGACAACAAGUCAAUCUACGAUACCUUCUCCCUGUUCGGAAACAUUCUCUCCUGCAAGGUUGCUAUCGACGAGGACGGAUUCAGCAAAGGCUACGGUUUCGUUCACUUCGAGACCGAGGAAGCUGCCCAAAAUGCUAUCCAAAAAGUCAAUGGCAUGCUUCUGGCCGGGAAGAAGGUUUUCGUUGGCAAAUUCCAGCCACGUGCUCAACGCAAUCGCGAGCUUGGAGAGACUGCCAAACAGUUCACCAAUGUCUACGUGAAGAACUUUGGAGAUCACUACAACAAGGAAACCCUUGAGAAGCUCUUCGCCAAGUUCGGAAACAUUACCAGCUGCGAAGUCAUGACUGUCGAGGGAAAGUCCAAGGGAUUCGGAUUUGUUGCUUUUGCUAAUCCAGAAGAGGCCGAGACUGCUGUGCAAGCUCUUCACGAUUCAACCAUCGAGGGAACUGACUUGAAACUUCAUGUCUGCCGUGCCCAAAAGAAGUCUGAGAGACACGCUGAAUUGAAAAAGAAGCACGAGCAACACAAGGCUGAGCGUAUGCAGAAGUAUCAAGGAGUCAAUCUCUACGUCAAAAACCUCGACGAGACUGUCGAUGAUGAUGGCUUGAAGAAGCAAUUCGAGUCUUACGGAAACAUCACGAGUGCUAAGGUCAUGACUGACGAAAAUGGGAGAUCAAAGGGAUUCGGUUUUGUCUGCUUCGAAAAGCCGGAGGAAGCUACAAGUGCAGUGACUGAGAUGAACUCAAAAAUGGUGUGCUCAAAGCCAUUGUAUGUGGCUAUUGCUCAACGUAAAGAAGAUCGUCGUGCACAGCUUGCUUCUCAAUACAUGCAACGUCUUGCAAGCAUGAGAAUGCACGGCAACGUUCCAGGAGCAGCCAUGUACAACCCAACACAGCCAGGACCAGGAUACUAUGUUGCUAAUCCGAUGCAACAGCAGCGCAACUUCGCCGGUGGACAACAGAUGGUUCGCCCAGGAGGUCGCUGGGGAAUGCAAAAUCAGUACCCAGUCCAAAAUCAGUACAUGAUGGCUCAAGGCCCAGGUGUCUACCAAAACCGCAUGGGACGUCCACAGAACCAACAAGGAGGACCACGCGGUCCACCACAGCAGUACAAUCAAGUCGCUCAAGGAGGCGUCCGCAUGCAGGGACCACCACGCACCCAAAAUCCUGGAGUCCAACAGCAAAACGUUCCACGUCCACCACAGCAACAACAGCAGCAAAGACCAGCUCCAACCGGACCAAAGGCUCCACCACAGCCAUAUCAGGCAUACCAGCAAAGACCACAAGGAAUCGUUAUUGGAGGACAAGAGCCACUCACAUCUGCAAUGUUGGCCGCUGCUGCUCCUCAGGAGCAAAAGCAACUUCUUGGUGAGCGUAUCUACGCUCUCAUUGAGAAACUCUACCCGGGACACAAGGACGCAGGAAAAAUCACAGGAAUGAUGCUCGAAAUCGACAAUUCCGAGUUGAUCAUGAUGCUUCAAGAUAGUGAAUUGUUCCGCUCGAAGGUCGACGAAGCUGCAUCGGUUCUCGUUUCCGCUCAGAAGCAAUAAGUUCAUUGCCAAGUGCUCUUAGCACGUUCCCCCAGUUGCUAAGCAUACCCAUCUCCUGUUUUUUUUUCUUACUGUCACCCUUCUUUUUGUUACUUGUUAGUGGUUGGUUUAGCCGCCCCACACCCCACCCCUUGAGUAAGCUCACUUUUGUGAUGUUUAUUCACGUUAAAAUAAAAUCAUAAA